CUUCAUCAUUCUUACAAAAUUGUUUCCACGUAAAUAUACAUUCUCAGUCUUUCAUGCUUCCAUAAUAUUCACAUUAUUAGUUCUUUCAUAUAUUAAACAUAAGUUAUAUUUAUGGCUCUAAAUCGUCCAUUUAUGAUUACUCUCUAUUGGGGUGGCAAUGUUGAAUAUGAGAAUGGAAUCAUCAAGGGCGACGAAUCAACUAUGUCCGCUUCAGACAUUAUUAGGCAAAAAAUACGGUAUGAACAAUUUCAAGAUUUGGCUUAUGCACUUGUUGGAGUCGAAAAAUCUUCAUAUAAGUUGAAUAUGUCAUUAUGUUACCAAUAUUCUGGGAGAUCUAAUAUCGCACCACUUAUAAAUGAUUCAACCUUAGACAUGUUGUAUUAUUUAGCUGCGACUGAUGAAAAUUAUUGGGGUCAAGUUUGUGUUGAAAUUGAGAAAAUGGUGAUACCUACAAAUACUAGUUUGGUAGAUCUCCUUCGUAAUUUUGAAGUACCAUUUCCUUUGCCGAGUGAUGAUAGAUUUGAGCCAAAUAAUGAGUUUGGAUUUGAUGAUCCCAACUCAGAAUGCAGUAGUGAGUCAUUAAGCCAUAUUGAGGAAGACUCUGAUGAUGUGAGUGACAAAUUAGUUGUAGACUUUAUGAAUGAUGUUGGAAAUAUAGGAGAUGAUGUCGUAGAAAAUUUAGAGGACAACAUUCAUAUAGAUGUUUGGAAGGAAACAGAAAACAAAAUUAGGUUAGGAAUGCAAUUUGAAAGUAAGCAGCAGGUGAAAAAUGCAGUAAUACUUUGGUCUAUUAGUCAAAAUAGAGAGUUUAAGGUGUAUAAAAGUAAACAUAACAAAUGGGUAGCAAAAUGUAAGACCGAGGUGGGUGAAGGAGAAAGCUCUAGUUCUAUGCACCAUACACAACCUUGUCAAUGGUAUAUCCGUGCAAUUAAGAAGAAAAAUAAUCAUAUGUGGCAGAUUACACGUUGGGUGGAUGAACAUAAUUGUUUUGGAUCUUGUAUUGGCAAUAAUAACAGAAAUCUAAACUCUAGAGUUAUUGCCUCAUACAUUCUCCAUUCAAUUCAAAAAGAUGUUGCUUACUCGGUGAAACAUGUACAAGCAGAUAUAAAAAAUCAUUUUCAUGUUGACGUUUCUUAUUGGAAGGCAUGGCAUGGAAGAAGAAAAGCCAUAGAGACCAUUUAUGGAACUUGGGAGAGUAACUUUGUUGAGUUACCCAAGUAUAUUGCAGCUUUGCAGGCUUCAAACCCUGAUACAAUUGUCAAGUGGUUUCAUAACCAAAAUAGCUCAUCACAAGUGGCAAAAUUCAAAUAUAUUUUUUGGGCUUUUGGACCAGCUAUUAAAGCAUUUCAUUUGUGUCGCCCUGUAAUUUCUAUCGAUGGUGCUCAUUUGAAGGGUUCUUACAAAGGAAAAUUGCUUGUUGCUGCUUCAAAAGAUGCUAACAAUAAUAUAUUACCAAUUUCUUAUGCCAUUGUUGACGAGGAGACAGUUCAUAGUUGGUGUUGGUUUUUGGGUCAUUUUAGAAAUUUUGUUGCUCCAAAUAGACAAUUAUGUGUUCUUUCUGAUAGGCACAAAGGAAUCAUUCAUGCAAUGGAAAAUCUAGAGGAGUGGAAAGAGCCAUUGGCAUACCAUUGUUUUUGUCUGAGGCAUGUCAGAAGUAAUCUCAUGAAAAGGUACAAGAAUGUAAACCUUAAAAAAAUUUGUUGGUCUAUGGGUAGCACCACACAAAAAAGGAAGUUCACUAAGUAUAUAAGGGAAAUAAAAGCAAUCAAUAUGGAAGCUUGGCAGUAUUUGAGGGAAAUUAAAAGAAGUCAAUAGUGUCUUUUAUAUGAUGAAAAUCACCGAUGGGGUUUCUUAACGACCAAUAUCUCUGAGAGUAUGAACAAUGCAUUACGAGGAGCGAGACAAUUGCCAAUUAGGGCGUGUAUUGACCUUACAUUCAAUAGAACUAUGCAACUUUUCAGAAAGCAUAGUGGUAUUGCAAUGAACUGCAUUACACCUCUACCAAAAUGUAUGUGGCGUCUCUUUCUUAAACGUGACACUCGUGCACAAAGUCAUGUUUUAUCUGAGUUUCACUAUAAUGAAGGUGUUUACAGAGUUGUCACAAGGUCACAGAUAAAUGGAACCGGAGGAAAUACACAGACUGUUAAUUAUUUUCAACAUAUGUGUACUUGUGGUAAGUGGCAAAUGGAGAGAUUUCCAUGUUCACAUGCACUUGCAGUUUGUUGGAAUAGAGGGGACAACCCUCUUUCCAUUGUGAACAAUGUGUACACUACUAUGACAUACAGACAACAAUAUAAUUUUGGGUUUGUACCACUUCCUCAUGUUGAUUAUUGGUUGGAUUCAAACUGGACGAUUGAAGCAGAUUACUCAAAACUUUUUGUUCAUCGAGGACGAAGGCGUGCAAAUCGAAUUCAUAAUGAGAUGGACAUUCGUCAUCCUGAUGAACCUCGUAGAUGUACACUAUGCCACCAGCCAGGUCAUAAUAGAAGAAAUUGUUCAAAUUCUCAACCAAGAUUCAAUGAGUAGUAAACUAUGUUUUUGUUUUAUUGUGUUGUAAUUUCAUGUUUCAUUGAUCUUGUA